AACGAGGGAAAUCGAGGAACUUGUUAUGCGUUGUUGUGGCUGGCUGUGAAUGUGUAAAGAGUAAUGGUUAUCGUAUCGAUGUUGGAGAUAAUCUUUAGGCCUAUUUAUGAUUUAACAUAUACUAUUUUGCUAUGUUGUGAGAAAGUCAGCGUGAAAAGACAAAGAAGAUAUUUUAUUUGGUGAUAAUGUUAUAAUACAUACCUAAAUUAUUUUUGAAACAUGGCUAUGCCCUGUGUUUCUACUCCAAAAUUGCAUCAACCCGGUAUUCCUAAUCUCACACACAAACGGAAUAGUACUGCUGUGGCAGAGAACUCCUGUUCUGCAAGACAUGUUAGUUGCAACAGUGUCGAACAGUGUAGAUUUGCUUAUGCCACCUGGUGUCCAGUAUGUGAGGAACAGGAGAGAAGCAACAAGAUACACUACAGAGGUAGAAGAAGAAGUAAAAGUGAGGGAAUGGAAGUGGAGAGAAGUGAAGAUUAUUACACCAAAGCUACUAGUAAGGAAACGUAUAACCACAAAUCAGGUAUUAGUUUAAAUAAAGAAAGACAACUUUCGAGAAAGUUAUUAAGGGAUGAAAAGAAUUCCGAGUCAUACUCAUCAUGUACGCCUAAUGUAGAAGACAUGUAUGUAAAUAAACGCCUAGCUGUAUAUUCACCCUUCGACGAUGAAAUCGAUAGUGUAGGGAAAAGUGUGAAACAUCGAUGCAAGCCCUGUGAAAACCAUGUGGAACCGAACCGUGUGUACGAUACUUGGAAUGGUACAAAAUGUGAAUGGCUUUAUCCUACCAAAGAAAAUGAUUUGAUGCCUUUACACGAACGAUACUAUUAUGAAGUAGAGAUGCUUAGAAAUAAACUUCACAAGAUGAGAGAGAGCCCUAGUGAAGGAAAUCAUAUUAGACAACCCUGUAAAUAUGAGCAGAACACGUCAUUGUUAGAAGUCGGAUCAAAACGUCCACGGGAUGUGUCCCCUUCUACACACUCUUCAUCCACAGCUAGAAAGAUUCUACCUGCUGUACCGCCUUCAAGAAAUACAUCACAUAAAAUGGCCCUUUUACCGAGAGAACCAUCAUGUCUGCAAAGCAGUGAAUCGGUUACUACAUUUUCAUCUGACUCAGAGUUUAAUGACAGUGGAUGUGAAGAGGAGGAUUUCAAAGCUGACCAUGAAGAUGAGUUUGAGGAAGAUGAACCAGCUUUCUUGGGCCUGGGACUCAGUGUUGAGACCAAUGCAAGCUCUUCCAGUUCUCCAUGUCGCCUUGUAGAUUCUAUCUCAAUAAACGAUCAUGGAGACGUAGUCACUGGAAGUUCUACUAAGCUGCAUCCUGGUUUGAGGGCAAGUCUUUUCUCUCAUGUUCCUCCCUACAUCAGAUUUUCCACACAUGAUACUAAAGGGCCUGGACUGCCGACUUGUAUACAGAAGUUGCUUAAAUGGAAACUGAGCACCAUCACUCCAGUGGUCGUCCGGAGAACCAUAGUCAACUCCAACUUCAAGCUCGUACGAAAGUCAAACGAGUGGUGUGGAACAUGGGGCAAACACAUGAAAUCAUUAUGUUUCAAAACGCUGAGGGAGUAUCAAAAAAUCAAUCACUUUCCUGGAACAUUCCAGAUUGGACGAAAAGAUCGUUUGUGGAAGAAUUUGUUCCGUUUGAUGGCCAAAUUUGGGAAAAAAGAGUUUGGUUUCAUUCCUCGAACGUACGUCUUACCGCAAGACAAUAAACUUCUUCGCUCAGCGUGGGAGAAGAACUGUGGCAAGGAAAAGUGGAUAGUCAAACCCCCUGCGUCAGCGAGAGGUACGGGUAUCAAGGUGAUUCACAAGUGGACACAGAUACCCAAGAAAUGUCCACUGGUAGUCCAGAAGUACAUUGCAGAUCCUUACCUCAUAAAUGGGAGCAAGUUUGACUUAAGGCUGUAUGUACUUGUCACAAGCAUCAAUCCUCUACGAAUCUACUUGUACGACAACGGACUGGUCCGGUUUGCUUCAGUGAAGUACUCCAACGAGAUGACUUCUCUGGCUGACCGCUACAUGCACCUCACCAACUAUAGCAUCAACAAGCUCAGCAGCCAGUACACUCAAAAUGAAGAUGCUUCUGCGUGUCAAGGUCACAAAUGGUCUCUACAAGCUAUGUGGACGUACCUGGAGAAGGAGCAAGGGGUGGAUGUGAAAGCGUUGUGGGGUCAUCUGAUCGACUUGGUCAUCAAGACUAUCAUCAGCGGAGAGUCUGCCAUCAGUCAGCUAAGCCAUGCCAAUCUGGCAUCUCGCUACUGCUCCUACGAGCUCUUUGGGGUUGAUGUGCUCUUGGAUGAGAAUCUCAAACCUUGGCUACUGGAGGUCAACAUUUCGCCUUCGUUACAUUCCUCCUCACCUCUAGACUUGGCUGUGAAGGGGCCAAUGGUUCGUGACUUGAUGAACAUCGCUGGAUACCAGAUCCCGAACAAACUGAGUUCUCAAGUUCAAACUGAACUCAUGGAAAAUCUUGGACUGGACUCCACAUUGUGUUUCGACCGACGGUUGUACACCACAGCGUUGUCCAAUGAGGAAAAACAAAAGCACGUGACAUUUCAGCAGUCGGAGGACCGGGAGGACUACCUGAAUCAGAUCCUGCGAGACCUUACUCCAGACGAUGUUCGUCAUCUCGUACAGUAUGAGGAUGAGCUCACUCAGCUUGGCAAUUUCCAGAAGAUUUUCCCAACAACAGAAACACACGAUUAUCAUCAGUUUUUCGAGACUCCAAGAUACUACAAUAUGCUGUUUGAUGCCUGGGAAGUGAAGCAGAGCAAAGACAGGACUGGAGGUAUCUCUCUGUUGGAAUCUCUUUGCCAAAAACAAGUACAUCUGGAUACAACACAGAUUCCUCCUAAACGCACCAAGGUUUGUAUGAGCCCGAGCGGGAACGAGUUGAGAAGCCAAGAGUACGAACUUCCGGAGGACAUUCCACUAGUUUCCGAAGAGGCCACAGCUACCGCUGCUCCCGAUAAAGUCAAAGAGAACUUGAAGUUGAGCCUAGCGUGUUGCACAAUCUGCCGUGCCGCACGUCCACGCAGCGGAAAACCAGUUCUGAUCACGAAGCCCUACCCUCGCUCAGCCUACACUGCCCGCCGAUCAGUCAAGUUAUAAUCAAGCACUGGGAACUCUUGACUUAAGUUUUAUAGGAUUUGCAGUUUGCAUUUAUUUUAAAUUAAGUUUCUCGAUUGAAGUGUUAAUAGAGGUUUUUCACUUGUAGGUCAGCACUAGUCUUUGUAAGUGAGAAGCCCUUGGCUCUCACUCUAGUGAGAAUAAAUUGUGGAGACCAAGAGUAUUAACUAGUUGUUAUUGUUUGAUACAUUACUGCCAGUUUUAUCAGAUAGUUAAGAUGAUCAGGACACCUGUGCCUUAGGUUUAUUUUUAAUGUUAGUUAUUAAAGUUGCACUGUUAAACAAUCAAUCUCCUUAGCACAUCACUUCCAUUUAAAUUAGUUUUCUUCUAUAUUGAAAUUUAUAUUUUGAUUAAAACGUGUUGGAUUGUUUUACCUGAUACACAGGAAUACUAAAUAAUUUCGAAUAUUAGAAAUCUAUAGAUUUAUGUGAUUAAAUUAUAACGGUAGUUGUUGUAAGAAUUGUAAGAUAAAAUAAUUUAAGAAAUUUUAAUUUGUUGUUCUCAUCUCAAAAUGCUCAGUAAUUUAAUAAUAGUAUUUUAUGUGUAAGAACAAGCCAAAAAUAAAUAAUGAGAAUUUUCU